AUGGUCCAGCGAAUCCGGGAGUUCAGAAAGCGAAUCUCCCCGGCUGUCCUGUUUCUUAUGGAGACCAAGCACCAAGAUGAAGAUUUAUUUAAACUCUUCAGGAACACCGAGCUCACGAACCACUUCACGGUCCCCCCAGUUGGUUUGGCAGGCGGUCUCUCUCUUUCCUGGAAAGAUGAAAUCCAUGUUGAAAUCUUGUUCUCGUCCGCUAAUAUCAUUGAUACACGCAUUGAAGCUAGAGGAACUUUUAGCUUUGUUUCGUUUAUCUAUGACGCCCCUAAGGCUACUGAUCGCCCAGCUUUUUGGAGUAAACUCACUGAGCUCGGAUCCGAAAGAGAUGAAUCAUGGCUAAUAACAGGGGAUUUCAAUGAUCUCCUCGACAAUUCCGAGAAAGUGGGAGGCCCGACCCGAUGGGAAGGUUCCUUCCUCUCCAUUAGAAGCUUUGUGUCUCAGAUGGGCUUAUGGGAUCUUCCACACUCCGGGAAUCACUUAUCUUGGCGAGGUACCAGAUAUAGCUAUUUCAUCCAAUCGAGACUAGAUCGGGCUAUGGCCAACUCCUCGUGGUUUGAACGCUUUCCGGCUGGACGCUGUGAGUACCUUCGAUUCGAAGGCUCUGAUAACCGUUCCAUUGUCAUCCAUUUCGACGUCUCCACCCGCAAGAAUAAAGGACUGUUCAUGUUUGAUCAAAGACUCAAAGACAAACCGGAGAUCCGAGAUAUAGUUGCUACUCGAGGACGAAGAGCUGUCAACAAGUUCUCAGUGAUUGAGGAUAGCGAAGGCAAGGCCUUCUGUAAGGAAGAGGAGAUUGUCCAGUGUAUAACCGAGUAUUAUUCUCGGAUUUUCUCAGGACAAAUGUCUGACUCCUCUCUGGUGGUGGAAGAAGGAAUCUCCCCCUUGAGAUUCUUCACGGAUGGAAUUUUGGAUGCACGGCAAAAUGAGACUCACGUUAGGCUCAUCCCGAAGACCACCAGCCCGAAGAGUGUGGCUGAUUAUCGACCUAUUGCUUUGUGCAACACCCACUACAAGAUCAUAGCGAAGAUACUAACCCGACGACUCCAGCCUCUACUCCCGGCGUUGAUCUCGGAAUAUCAGUCAGCCUUCGUUAAAGGGCGGUCCAUUGCGGACAACGUACUGAUUACUCAUGAGAUUCUUCACUACAUGCAACACUCUAGUGCUACUGUUCGAUGUAGUAUGGCGAUAAAGACGGACAUGAGCAAGGCCUAUGAUCGUAUUGAGUGGAGCUUUCUGCGGAAUGUGCUCUCUCGUUUAGGCUUUCAUGAGAAGUGGAUCAUGUGGAUCAUGGCCUGUGUAACCUCUGUUUCCUAUUCCUACCUGGUUAACGGGUCAGCACAAGGUCGGGUUGUACCAACAAGAGGAAUCCGCCAAGGCGAUCCUCUCUCCCCUUACCUCUUCAUUCUUUGCACCGAGGUUCUUUCUGGGCUUUGUCGGAAAGCACAGCUCCAUGGGGACGUGAUUGGUGUCAAGGUCUCUCGUAAUAGCCCGGCCAUUAACCAUCUCCUCUUUGCCGAUGAUACCAUUUUCUUUAGUAGAACGAAUCACAAGAGCUGUGCAAAACUCAUCUCGAUCCUCAAGAAAUAUGGUGAUGCAUCGGGUCAGUGCAUUAACCUAAACAAGUCCUCCAUUACUUUUUUGGCUAAGACCCCGGGAGACGCGAAACGGCGAGUCCGUCACCAGUUCCAAAUCCUCAAUGAAGGAGGGCUCGGUAAAUACCUUGGACUUCCGGAGCACUUUGGUAGGAAGAAAAGAGACAUUUUUGCAUCCUUGGUGGACCGCAUACGGCAACGCUCUCACAGUUGGACCACAAGAUUUCUAUCCGGGGCCGGGAAACAUAUUUUACUGAAGUCUGUCUUGGCUGCGAUGCCGACAUACUCAAUGUCGUGCUUCAAACUCCCCAUGUCCCUUUGCAAACAGAUUCAAUCCAUCUUGACUAGAUUCUGGUGGGACGCCUCUCCAGAAGUCAAAAAGAUUUGUUGGGUGUCGUGGGAGAAGCUUGCUAAACCUAAAAACGCAGGGGGCUUGGGCUUCCGGGAAAUUGCCCAGUUCAACGAUGCAAUGCUAGCCAAGCUUUCUUGGCGAAUCCUCAAAGAACCGGCAUCUCUUAUGGCCAAGAUCUUAUUAGGAAAAUAUUGUUUCAGAUCACACUUCCUAGAAACGAAAACAGCAUCUGGCGCGUCUCACGGCUGGCAAGGAAUUUUGGUGGGACGCGACCUUCUCUCUAAAGUUUUAGGGUGGGCUAUUGGUUCAGGAUCAAAAGUUAAUAUCUGGAAUGAGCCAUGGCUUUCGCCUACUGAACCACUUGGCGUUAUGGGUCCUCCUACAACACCUACUAAGGAUUGGAAAGUUAACAAGCUCCUGACCCCUUCUAUGGAAUGGGACCUCACGAUCAUCCGCGAACACCUGCCCCAGCAUGAGGAGAUGAUUCGCAGGCUGAUUCCUAGUACUCUUGGUAUGCAAGAUGAGCGUGUUUGGUUACCAAAUGCCUCUGGCGUGUACUCCACGAAGUCGGGAUAUGCUAUCGCUAAACUCUGCAAUGGUUAUCCCAGUGAUUUUAUCUUUGACUGGAAGAAGUGCAUUUGGCAAGUAGACACAUCUCCGAAGAUAAAACAUUUCCUCUGGAAAUCAAACAAUAAGGCCCUCCCGGUUGGAUCAUGUCUUGCGAGUAGAGGGUUAUCCAUCUUGCCUACCUGCAAGCGUUGUGGGAACUUAGAAACUGAGCUUCAUGUCUUACUACAAUGCCCAUUUGCCUCGCAAGUCUGGGAACUGGUUCCUUGUCUCUUCAAGCCCGACCUUCUUGGAACUUCCUCUGUUUCAGACUUACUCCAACGGUGCAAAAAGAUGGUUUCACUCCCACCACUUGGUAUUGGGAAAACGCCUCUCUAUCCAUGGAUUCUUUGGAUCCUUUGGACGAAUAGGAACAAGCUCUUGUUUGACAACAUACUUUUCUCGGCGGAAGACUCAAUCCUCAAAGCUAUACAAGAUGCCCGAGCCUGGAAGGCAGCUCAGACUAUGACCGCUACCACCGCCUGUCCUUCACUACCACAUUAUGUGGUCCCGUCGAUGCCUUACAUCCCCCCGCCUGUUAACUCUUAUACAUGGUCUUCUUUUUCAGAUGCAGCGUGGGAUGCUUCAACGGGUAACUGUGGUCUCGGAUGGCAUCUUCGAGACUCCACAGGAUUCUGUGCAGAGAAUUCUUCUUCUCACCGACGCUUUGUUACCUCGGCCCUUGUAGCUGAGGCACUGGCAGUUAAAGCGGCAGUCAGUGCUGCAGUAUCGUCACAGGUCAGCAGUCUCCAAGUAUUCUCUGACUCAAAGGCUCUUAUCUUAUUCCUGAAGACACAAGGACAAGAUGUUGCUUUGAAAGGCAUCCUACAUGAUAUCCAUCUGUUGGCUCAGUCUUUCAUAUCUAUCUCUUUUAUUUUCAUUUCGCGUUUAGCAAAUGCUCAAGUUGAUUCAUUAGCAAAAUCAGCGUUGUAUCACCUACGUUCUGUUACUCUCGAGUAG